AUGGUCAUCAAUCCUAAUGCAAAACUAAUGUCGACUUCAAAUUAUCAUUUCAACUCAAAUCGAUCACCUAUCAAAUUACAAUUACAAUUACCUGAACUUUCAAUCACUCAAGCUGCUCAAGCAAGUAGAGAACGUUGGAAAUCAGAUUUAGCAAACUUACUUAAACAUGCUAACAAUCGAUUUGCUGAUCUAGCUUGGUCUAUUGCUCCUCAUUCAAAAGAACAGAUUUGGGCUCAUAAAGCUAUCAUUUAUGCAAGAGCUGGUGGUCAAUUUCAACUUAAAUAUCUUUCUUCACCGGCUCCUCCACCUCAUUCUAGAAUACCACCUUUACCAUCCAAUGCUUCAUCAGUUUCAAUCUCACCUUUUCCAACUUCAUUAAGAUCUGUCACUCCUCAAUCUAAUCGAAGACCAUCUUCUCCUGGUGGCAAUAGUCUUAACUCACUCUCUACUUCAACUCGUCAAGUCUCAAUUCUCAAUGGAACCGAUCCUACACUCUUUCAAUCUAUCCUUGAAGCUCUUUAUACGGCUAAUGGACUUUCUGAAGUGUUUUCAUUUCUCUUUGAUGAUCAUACUUCUGGUGAUGGUCCAGAAGCCCGAACUGACAAACUUCGUAGAGAUCUCCUCUACAUGUGGCGUUCAAAACUCUAUUCGGAUUGUCAUAUCAUUUUAGUCAGUGAAGAAGGUCUGGAUCAUACAGAAGAUGGAAAUCAAACUACCGAACAAGCCGUCUUUUCAGCUCAUCGUUCGAUUCUAUGCAGUCGAUCACCCUACUUUGCAUCGCUUCUCUUAGAUCCUUAUGCAGAUUCAAGCAAACGUGUCUUCACUUUAGCUUCACCUCCCUUCACACCUGCUUCAUUACAUUUCUCAUUAGGCUAUUUAUAUUGUGGUACACUUGAAUUUUCAAAUAGAACGUUUGAUUUAGCAACAGCGAUGCAAAUUUGGAGAAGUGCUCAAUAUCUUGGUUUAGAAUUAUUAAAAGAAGAAGUAGAAGCCAAGAUUUCAGAUAUGUGUCACAACUUUAAAGAUAAUUCCGAACCAUUUGUGGUACAAUAUUUCGGAUUGAUUUGGAAUAAGGCAAUUGGGGAACUUCACUACGGAGCUCAAACUCGGAUUGUCGAUUUGGUUUGCUCUAGUAUCGAUCCGAAUACGGUCAUUGAUGCGAUUCGCUCCUCAAAACGUCUUAAAGAACGUUUGGCCAACGAACGUUCUGACUGGUCGGAUCACCUAUUAUCUAUGUUGGAGCCUAUAGACGAACAGAUUGCACUGGUCUUACAACGAAAAUUUCCGGCUGUGGUAACCUCUAAAGGUUUCUUGGACUUGCUAGUCGGUGUUGGGUUCUCGAAUGACGUUUUGGAAAGAGCUUUGAUUAUCUUGAUCGCUCAACUUUCAGAAGAGACAGCCGCAGAGACUUAUCAAGUUUUGGUAGGACAAGUUUUGCUACGUGAAGAUGGUCUACCGAUGGAUGCAAGAGUGAUAGUAGAAGAUGCUAAGGCGAGUGUGAUUAAAUAUCUCAAAUCACGAUGGAUGAAUGUACGAUCUUUGAAUGGAUUUGAUCCUUUGGAAAAUUGGGCUCUGAAAGAAAUCGCUGAUGAGAUUGGUGUCACCGUAGACGACCUCUUGCUUUCCACUGUGGCCUCAAACGCUCCAACCACCAAAACGGGCUUGCGUGUUACAUCACCUGCUUCAAAAGAUAAUCAAAAUGAUGACAAGCAUGUCAUCAGUCCUGCCUCACUGCGGGCUUCUGUCCUUUGUCGCAAUGCAUCUCGACAGCAAGCCACACCUACCCCAAGUGUCUCUGGCAGGGUGACGACCAAAUCUACCAGCUCAGCUUCCACGGUCACCACCAAUCGACUGCACCUCUCAAAUGUCACUAACAACUCACCUACCCCUUCAAUCAGCUCUUCACUCAUAUCACGGCCAAGACCAAGUAUUGGUAAACAAAAGGCCCUUCUUCCCUCUGUCAUCACUGCCACUCGGCGAGAGUCAGAAAGUGGGUCGAUUGUGAGCUCCCCAAUUUCACGCCGGCCAUCGGUCCAGUCAAAUGAAACAUCUACUUCAACUUCUUCCUCAUCUGCAUUAUCACCUAAACCGGAGCCAGUUGGGAUCCCUAAACCUCAGCAAAGAGCAGUGUCCUCUAGCGCUACUUCAUCUCACUCGAUUCGAUCCAAUCCACCGCUACCCCCCAUGCCCAAAUCAGCUAAUCUUGACUCACCGCGGCUCUCGGCCAAUUCAAGAGCUUCCAGCCCCACUCAUAGCGUGACCUCGGUGAGUUCCAGGUCUGUAGGAAAACGUUCUACCUCAGUGGUGGGCAGAGCAAGAAGACCAUCUGAAAUGACGACAUCCAAGCCUAAUACUACCGAGCCGAAGCCAAGCAAACCACCUCGAACGCGGACUAUCACCGGAACCUCUACCAUAUCCAUUCGGUCUACCGCAUCUGCUACUCCGAGCCGCGUGCAAGCUCCUGCAACACCAAACGGUCGUAAAUCAUUCAGCAAGCCAGAUACGGUCCGCAAAACACCGUCGAGCCUCUCCAUGCGCUCUGAUGCAUCAAAUGCAACGGUAGGAGCAGUUUACAAGCGGCGACCCAGCGCGGCAGCAAAGACUCCUACGUCUUAUGCUUUUUCUGAAACGCCCCCAAUGACACCACCUGCUGCUACAAUCAUCAAGAAGAAAAACCCACCUACUGUCACCCUGGCAGCCAAGCGGCCUGAUCGACUACGAACCACUAGUGCGACCGCUCGUACAAGUGCUGCCACCACUGUUCUUCGUACUGCUCAACCUGUGCCUGUUCCACCACGACCGAGUUCAGUAACCUCUGUGCGGACAAAUGCCUCGACAAAAACAAAUGGUGCCACCAAAGCUUCGGGUAUCAAGUCAGAGCCUAAUUCGAGUGGAAUAGCCAAAUCGGUCAAAGCUAAAUCUAAAGAUACAACAGCACUGAUGCCAACAGUGCCAAGCGUGAGGGCCAGAACGGUUUCAACAAAUUCUGUCACGCCUGGUGUACGUGCUCGAAUCAUGUCAACAAAGUUACCAUCACCACUUGUCACUCAAGCCACUCGACAGCGAAAAGCUAGUGCCAUGAGUGAAGUGACGCGUACACCAAAAGCCACCAAGGAGCCCAAAGAGUCGAAAAAGCAGGUUGAGGAAGAUUCCAAGUCAGAGCACGAACCAGGACAUCAAUCACAAGGCUCGAAUGCUUCCAACUCUACCGUUCGACUUGGCACGAGUAAGGAAGCGCCACAACAGACGAUCAUCGUCACCCCAUCUUCUUCACCAUCUCUUCAUCGAAUCUCAGCCAAUACAGUUGUACCCCCAAUACCACAACCAGGAGGACCAUUACCAGGCUUUCCACUCUUGGUAGGAAUUCCAUGUGUAGUAGCUACGACGACAACUUUACCAGAUGGAAUGAUUCAACCGAUCAAGUUUAGAGCCGUAGUGAAGUAUUUAGGUAAAACGUUUUUUGGAUCAGGUGAAUGGGUAGGAGUUGAAGUAGCCGAAAAAGAAAACAUGCCAGAGAAAGAAUGGAAUGAAGGGAUGAUUGAUGGGAUUAGGUAUUUUGAAUUAGGACAAGAAUCGAAUGAAUCGAAGAGUAGAUUGAUGAGAAACUUAUCGGCUACACCAUCUGGAGCUGGACCAGGUUUAGACCGUAAUUCACCUUCUUCUAGACUUGGAUCACCAGGUAGUGGAAGUAGAAGUGGAACGAGUAGUGUGAAUGGAGGAGAGUUUGGAGUAGGCAGUUUAGGAUUAAGACCUACGAUGAAUUCUAACAAUUCACGUAGUUCUAGUAGAUUGAAACAUGUUGGAUCUGAUGAAGAGAUUGAUGGGAUCUCUAAUGGAUUAGUACCUACUAGAGGUUUGUUUGUUAAACCUCAUGAAGUGAUUUUUGUUUUUUAA